GGCUGAGCCGCCGGUGCCGGAGCUCGGUUGAGGCGGCAGCAGGAGCGGCGGGACGGGACGGGCGAGCGGCUCCUCUGCCCCGGGCCGCCCGCGGCUCGGAGCCGCCCCUUCCACGCCCGUAGCGCUACGGAUGGAGCCGCAGUGCCCGGCUUGAGCGUGUCGGCGGGACCAGGAGCCGCUCCGCCGAGCCUGGGCGGGCGGUCGCAGCAUGGUGGACUACAUUGUGGAAUAUGACUAUGAUGCAGUGCACGAUGAUGAGUUAACAAUCCGAGUUGGGGAAAUCAUCAGGAAUGUGAAAAAACUGGAGGAAGAAGGAUGGCUGGAAGGGGAGUUAAAUGGCAGAAGGGGCAUGUUCCCUGACAAUUUUGUGAAGGAAGUUAAGAAGGAUGUAGAGCCCAAGGAUGAUGCUGUGCCACUCAGGAGGGAGAAAUCUGGCAAUGUAGCCAGUCUUGUGCAGCGAAUGAGCAGCUAUGGGCUUCCAGCAGGAGGAUUUCAGCCUCAUCCCCCGUCCAAAGGCUUCAAGAAGAGGUCCAAGAAGCGGCAGUGCAAAGUGCUCUUCGACUACAUCCCACAGAAUGAGGAUGAGCUGGAGCUCAAGCUGGGGGAUGUGAUUGACAUCAUUGAUGAGGUAGAAGAGGGAUGGUGGAGUGGAAUGCUAAAUGGCAAGGCAGGGAUGUUUCCUUCAAACUUUGUGAAAGAAUUGGAAUCAAUGGAUGAUGGCGAAACACAGGAUGCUCUGGAUGACACAGAGCCUGUUUUCAAUAGUCCUACCUCACCUGUGACCUCUCCAGGAAAUGGGAGUGAACCUGCUUUGGGACCAGCACAGCCAAAGAAAAUCCGAGGUGUUGGGUUUGGAGAUAUCUUUAAGGAAGGCUCAGUGAAACUUAAAACAAGAUUAUCCAGUAAUGAAUCAGAAGAUAAAAAGCAAGAUAAGCCAUUACCUAACCAUCCUCCUGGAACAAAGUUAAUUCAUUUUCCCAGUACAACAAAAACUGAAAACACACCUGAAGUAAUAAAACCAGAAGCUGAAAGUAAACCAAAAGCCAAGGAAUAUUGCAGGACAAUAUUUUCCUAUGAUGGCUCAAAUGAUGAACUUAGCUUUAAAGAAGGCGAGAUCAUUCAAAUAAUCAGUAAGGACACUGGAGAGCCGGGCUGGUGGAGAGGAGAGCUCAAUGGUAAAGAAGGAGUCUUCCCAGAUAACUUUGCUGUUCAAAUACAAGAGUCAGAUAAAGACUUCCCUAAGCCAAAGAAACCUCCACCUCCAGUUAAAAGUCCAGCUUCAAGACCUGAAUUGCCAGCUGGAGAGAAGAAAUUCCUUUCUUUGAGGCCAGAAGAAAAAGAUGAAAAAGGAGCUUUGGAUCAGAAGCCUUUGAAGCCACAAGCUCCUCAAGUACCACCCAAGAAGCCCAUUCCUCCAAGCAAGACCAACAGCCUACUGAGAGCAGGGCUUUUGCACCCAAAACGUCCAGACAAACCUGGUUUGCCAUCAUCUGCAUCCAAAACUAAUGGAGAAGUUGUUACUCUUCGACCGAAAUCUGAAGUUGAGCCAGUAGCAAAACCAAAGUUAGACUCUGAACCAUUGCCACUCAGACCAAAAUCAGUAGAGGUAGAUUCACUUGUGGUAAAGAGCUCUAAAGAAUCAGAUCUGUUAAGCUUUGAUGAUGUCAUAGCUACCUCAGAUAAUCUGUCACACCCGACUGCGAACCGGCCCAAGAUGCCUGGUAGGAGGCUGCCUUCCCGUUUCAAUAGCAGUAGUCCUGCAAGUCCAAAUGUGGGUCCAGAAAAAAUUUUGAAGGUGCAGAAAGAAGAGGAAAGUGCCAAACCAAAGCCAGUUGAAACAAAGAAGCCAUCUGCAUUCAGCCCACUGAUUCCACCUUCAUCUCAGAGACCAAGCUCGGUCAUACUCGACUUUUUACCUGGAGACCUCCAACUGAAAGGAGAAACAUAUGAGGAAAAAAUUUCUGUGGAAGAACUCAGGACUCAGAUUAAUGAUUUAAUGGGUUUAGUAGACGCCCUGAAGAAAGAGCAUGGGAGAGAACUGGAAAAACUAAAGAAGGAUUUGGAAGAAGAGAAGCUGUUGCGAAGCAAUCUGGAGCUUGAAAUAGAAAAAUUGAAGAAAGCAGUGAUGUCUACAUGAGACAGCUAUGGACUCAAUGUUUUUAACUCGCCAGGAAUUCAAAGCUGAACACAAGGAGAACUGACUCUUAUUUCAUUAUAAUGGAUGCUCUGGUGUUCUACAGUCUUAAAGAAAAAAUA